GGACGCUCGAGCCGUGGCUUCCGGGUGCUUCCAAUAACGACGAGGCGAUAGAGUGAGACAAUUAUUGGACUGGAGCUAAACAUGGCUUUCGCUUACGCACACGGUGUGCCAUCGCGUUGUAUCGUUCUUGGUUGUUGCCUCACGCUUUAAACAAGGCAGUGUUUCCCUGGAUUUCCUCUUGUCCUUCGCCUCUUUUCUCCGCAGUUUUUGUUCGCUUCCCACUACACCACUCCCCCACACUCGUUCACCUUUCACCAUGAAGUUGACUGCUUUCGUAGCAGCUUCCCUGCUAGCACGAGGUACUCUUGCUAGUACCCCGAAUGUUGUCAUUAAGGGUUCCAAGUUCUUUUAUGCCAACAACGGAACUGAAUUCUACAUUCGAGGCAUUGCCUAUCAGGAGAACUACAAUGGUGGCGGAUCCAACGGAACUGGCCAGACCAGCACUACGGGCUACACCGAUCCCCUGGCCGAUGCCACCAGCUGCUCGCGCGAUAUUCCUUACCUGACCCAGCUGCGCACGAACGUUAUCCGAACCUACGCGGUUGACCCUACCCAGAAUCAUGACGACUGCAUGCAGCAGCUGGCUGAUGCCGGUAUCUAUGUCAUCGCUGAUCUGGCAUCGCCAAACGCAUCGAUCGAAUCCAACUCGCCCGUUUGGACGGUCGACCAGUAUGAGCGGUAUACCAGCGUGAUCGAUACCUUCCAGAAAUAUGAUAACAUGAUUGGCUUUUUUGCCGGAAACGAGGUUGUCAACACCCCCAACCAGACGAUUGCCGCAGCCUUUGUCAAAGCCGCUGCUAGAGACAUGAAGUCCUACAUCAAGAGUAAAGGAUAUCGUGAUACACUCUCUAUUGGCUACGCCACAACAGACCAGGAAGAUAUCAGGACCUCGGUGUCAAACUAUCUCAACUGCGGAGACCAGUCAAGUGCAAUUGACUUCUUCGGUUACAAUAUUUACGAGUGGUGCGGAGACCAGACCUACCAGGCCUCCGGAUACGAAGAUCGCACCAACGAAUACAGCAAUUACUCUAUCCCCGUUUUCUUCUCGGAGUACGGCUGCAAUACCGUGAAGCCUCGCAAGUUCACCGAUGUACCCGUGCUCUUCGGACCCCAGAUGAACGACGUCUGGAGCGGCGGUAUCGUUUACAUGUACUUCGAGACCGACAAUGACUACGGUCUCGUUUCCGUGAGCGGUAGCUCCGUUUCCACCGAAGUCGAUUUCAGCUACUACUCCAAGGAGAUCCAGAGCGCAACUGCCACUGGAACCAACAGCGCCAGCUACACCCCCACCAACUCCCCUCGCGCAUGCCCUACCGUCGACGGCGAGAAUUGGCUGGCGAAAUCCAGCCCCCUCCCACCAACCCCGAACCAGCAGCUCUGCUCGUGCGUCGUGGACACCUUGUCCUGCGUCGUCAGUGACUCCGUAGACUCGAAGGACUACAGCGCCCUCUUCGCAGAAGUCUGUGGCUAUGGCGCCACCAUCUGCGAAGGCAUUGCUCACAACGCUACGACCGGAACUUAUGGUGCAUACAGUGUCUGCAAUAGCAAGGAUCAACUGUCCGUUGCAUUCAACGCUUACUACAAGAGUCAGAACAGCGACAAGUCUGCGUGUAAUUUCAAUGGUGCGGCGAAGGUCCAGUCUGCGCAGUCUGCUUCGGGAGAUUGCAAGUCCCUUGUUAGCCAGGCUGGUGGUAGUGCUGGAACGGGCACUGCUGCCUCCGGUGGAGGUGCUGCUAGUACUUCUACUUCCAAGGGAGCUGCUUCUCAUAUGGUCAGCCCCGCUGCCGUGUUUGUAAAUGGCUGGUUUGCGAUGGCCUCUUUCGUUGUGGCUGCAGUCACGGGCUCCCUGAUGGUGGCACUUUAAGGCUGUGCAUGCUGAGUCGGCGUGGAAGCUGAGGCCAUUUCGAGGAGGAUUUAUGUUGAUCUAUCCUGUAAGCCUAGUAGAAACAAUCGUACAGCGCUUGCUUGCUUGAUUCGAGAGAACGUUGUGCAAUAUGAUACGUCUAGCGUUGUUUUUGAAUACUACAGAAAAUGCUUUUGUACGUCAC